CGUUAAUAAAUUUAUUAGAAAAAAUCCCCGACAAAUUACACUCAAUGGAAUUUACUAACAAGCUUGAUUAUUAAUGCUGAAAUUUAAUUUGAAAUCCCUCGCGGUUCUGUCAAAUUGACGUUGACAUUGACAGUCAAUCGCAGUUGACCAGAAACAAUUGAGUUAUUGAAUAUCUAAAUUGUACUCUUAACCAUGAACUCAUCUGUUUCUAAUUCGAUAGCAUUGUUUCUGUAGAUAGAUACUUUAAGAAUCUGAAUCAGUGCGAAGAAAGCUGAUAAGGUUUAGAAAUGUCAAAAACAUUCUCGAUAUAUUACUACACGUGAGAGUCUUUUUAAUCAUUUCGGGCUUGUGACUCAUCAGUUCGUAACCUCCGCGUAUCUUGUAUUUGUGAUAUUAGUAUCGUAAUUUAUCGAAAGUCAAUCUGUAAAGACAAUAAGAUAUUGUUGCAAGCUAUUCAGGAUACAAUUACCUACAAAACGGUUUAAUAAUUCAGUGAAACAAAUUUGCUGACAAUUCUUCAUCCAGAACCAUGGAGUGGUUGUUCGGAAAACGAAUUACUCCCGAGGAAAUGCUCAGGAAGAAUCAGAGAGCUUUGAAUAAGGCGAUGAGAGACCUAGAUAGAGAAAGAAUGAGGAUGGAACAACAAGAAAAGAAAAUUAUACAAGAUAUAAAGAAGCUGGCCAAAGAUGGACAAAUGGAUGCUGUAAAAAUUAUGGCAAAAGAUCUCGUGAGAACCAGACGUUACGUGAAGAAGUUUAUGUUAAUGAAAGCGAAUAUACAAGCGGUCUCAUUGAAAAUACAGACGUUACGUUCGCAAAAUACAAUGGCGCAGGCAAUGAAGGGUGUUACAAGAGCAAUGCAGAAUAUGAACAAGCAACUGAAUCUUCCUCAAAUUCAGAAAAUAUUGCAAGAGUUUGAAAAACAAUCAGAAAUAAUGGAUAUGAAAGAGGAGAUUAUGAAUGAUGCGAUAGAUGAUGCGAUGGAGGAUGAGGGAGACGAAGAGGAAAGCGAUGCCAUUGUAUCGCAAGUUCUCGAUGAACUGGGUCUGCAAUUAACGGACCAAUUGUCUGGUCUACCACAGGCGUCAGGUUCGCUAACUGUAACUGGUACAAGGCAACCGGUUGCAGCAGCUGCCGGAUCCGACGAUACUGGAAAUCUUGACGCAGACGCUGAUUUGCAGGCCCGAUUGGAAAACCUACGACGUGAAUAAAUUGCAUACAGUGUUGAUUGUUGAAAGGUGUAUAAAGUAUGUAAAAACAAAGAUUAAUUUUGUAAGCAUAUUUCAUUAUAUAUGCUGUACGUCUUUAAUUAAUUGAUCGAUUGGAUAGUAUAGGUGCGUGAUUUGUAAAUAUAUAAGAAUAACGUUAUUUCUACAGUUGCUUGAAGCGAUUCAUUUGGAGCUGGUACACACAGAAUGGCACCUACUAUUUUGCCUACAGUAUUCAUUAAGAAAAUGUUAAGUUUUUCAAAAUAAAAAAUAUCAAAUAAUGUUAUACCAAUGUAGAAAAGAAUCAGUGUAUCUUGGUGUUCUUGUGCAUACUUUUUUUAGCACAAGGAAUUUUGUAAAGAAGUCCGUUACAAAACUGCUAAUCGAAUAUACAUACUGUAACACAAAUACUUACUGUAUUUUCAUAAUUACGUGUACAUAACUUUUUGUGGAAACUUUGUAGUUUAUGUAUAUGUACAUAUGCUUUCCUUUUUUUUUACCACGUUUAGUACACCUUCUCUUAAAGCGUUUAAGAACUGAUCUAAUAGUUUUGAUAAGAAAAAAAAACGAGCAACAAAAUAUAUAUGUGAUUCUUUACACUAAAUAUAGAGAAGCGAACGCGAUAUAUAAUAAGCUUUUGCAUUGUUUUUACCGAAACAUUUUUCAGCGACUCUCCCAAGAAUUGCUUCCAAAAUUAAUAAGACACACAAAGUGAUAAGCUUAUUAAAUUGCGGUAUAUGUUACGAAUGAACGAAGUUACUCGAUGGACUCUACUGAAAUAAAAUAGUGCAAUAGUUCCAUAUGACAUACAGUAAAUAAUAGUUACAUGUUACAUACAUAUAUAUAUGAACAUCUUCAUUAUGGUGAUAUAAUUGAAAACGUUGGAAAAAUUAGUUUAAUAAAUGAAACAAAACCACA